UGCAGACAUACCAUCGCUACCAUGCUGUCGCGAUCGUUUCGGUGAGCAGUCUUGUCAAGCCUUACGGAAAGCUCAGCCAGCUCAUUUCGAGAAACGGUGCUUGAACGAUCACGAUUUUCAUACGCUCGGGUGCUGUGCUGAAUGCCGUAAAUACAUCGAACUGAAUAGUAUACAGCCCGAAAACUCGAAAUCUCUUUUGAAGGCACCUGUGAUCUGCCGCGACAAGCAUUCCUCAUCGUUCUGUCGACGUUUCAAGGCUUCCGGAAUGGGAAAGUACAGUUGUGGUGACGCUGAAUUUGCUGUGAGAGUAUGUCGGCAUACAUGUGGAUAUUGCAAUGAUGCCCUCUACAAUGAACGAAGUACUGCUCCGCUCUGUGCUGCCAAUGUGAUGACCAGUUUGGGACCGAAUUAUUCAUUUCUUCGCAAUCGGAACCGAUCAUACUGA